UUGGCUGUUUGUUAGUAGUGCAGUUGCUUUCGCCGCGUCGUCAUCAUCGUCGUUUUGCUCUCGCGCUCCGUUAGAACAAAACCCCGUAUGUAUGGUUCUUGGCAGUAGUUCGCCUUUGUCGUUUCGCAGAUCCAUCGUGGGCGCUGCGUUUUUGGUUCGUUCGGUUUUUUGCUCACCUGAGAUUUGUGUCGCUGUGACAUCCAGGGGGAUUUAAACUAACGGCACGUUUUAAAGGUGCACCAUCAUCAUCGCAUAGCUGGGAACCGUACGUGGCCAGUGGAUUUUCCUCGGAGUGCCAACAACUGAUUCGGUUGCGGUGCGUCGUCGAAAGAGGACCUACAGUGUCGCGUCGAAAGUGUCUGUUAAAAAUCUCACCUACCACCGUGUGUGAUAUUAACCCCCUCGAACAAACGGUACGACGAAACGCAGCGUUCGAAAGGAGGUCGAAGAUCGAGAUCCGCGAGAAGGAGCCCCGAGAGUGCUUCGGUACUAUUUUUUUCUUCAUGUGAUUCGAUUGAAUCGGUUUCGUUCGAUCUCUACUUUAAAUUUGUUGAAAGUGCGAGUGCUUUUUGUGAAACUACGCGACUAGAUUUCACGGCACUCAAAUCCCCGACGCGAGGAUCAAAUCGUGGCAACUCUUUAUUUUUUUUGUUGGAAUUUGGAGCAACGACCAAGAGCAGGGAACUCGGUUUUGCUUAGUGCCUCUAUAACCAGAUUAUUGUGGUCAACUCACGGACGUUCCUCGUUACACAUUUGGCAAUAAGAAGUUACGUCAACGGUGCAAGUAAGAACAGCUGUAGGAAUUUGACGAAUAUACAAAACGAAAUUUAAGCUCAAUUUUUACACACAUCACGAAAAUCUCACCUGACUGCCUGGUGGUGAAAAGUAAAAGAUAGGAAACAAAAAGUUAAUUAGUCUAAGUGCUGCCCAUAGUAUUCCCAUAUCGCGUAGUAAGUAAAUCGAAGGAAGAAAUAAUUGUAAAUUAUUAAAACAAACACACUGGCAAACGUAGCUAGAGAGUAGAAAAGUUCGAGACGGGGGCCGAACCGAUAAAGCCAAGAAAAAUCGCAAUUCGCACCCACACUCGCGUGGCCUCGCGUUUGUCUUGUUGGAGGUGCUGCUAGUUGGAGAAGACGAGCCGAAGCAGAGGAAAUAUAACAAGAAGCUACGAGAAGAGGGAAAAAAUCAUACAACACGCGAAAAGUGCCAGUUUUCUGUUGGUCUGUUCGCGCGAAACAAGUGCACCGACGAAAUUGCGCGCGCGGGUAUUGACACACAAAUACCUACCACAUAAUCCGCGGUGGUUUCGAGUCGAGCAAAGUGCAGGCGAAAAUCGGUGAAAAUAGUGGUGAAGAGAAACCUGUCGACUCUGGCUGCAGAGUUUGUGGUCAUCAUCAUCGAAGAAAGCAAAAUUCAAUAAUUUAUAGGAAAUUUUUCGAAGACGACGGCGACAACGACCACGAAGCUGUGAAGACGACACGAGUUUAAAGGAUUAAGUAACACGUCGUGCGCGCACACGUAUCACACUUUUGGUGGUUGGUGGUUCAAGGGGGUGCAGCAGUUGCAUCGACGUUGAUCGACAUCAACAGAUUCCCCCCAGUCGUUUGAGUUUUUUUUACAUCAUCAAAGUGAUUAACGCCUGUCAGCAGCUGAAUCAGAUACAGUAGUGACCAGCAACAUGGAAUCGAUGGAGUAUGAGAUGGCACGCAACAUGACGUUGCUGUUCUUUCUGGAACGGCUGCUGGAUCGCGGAGAGCCACGUACCCUGCACGAUCUGUCCUGUCAGUUCGGGGCCCGCGGAUUCACCAAGGAGAUGCGACAGAUUGCCGGCGGAAGUCAAUCAGGCCUGAAAAAGUUCCUCUCACAGUACCCUGCCCUAUUCGAAAUCAACGGCGAUUUCGUUCACAUCAACAGCUACACAUCGAGCAGCGUGGACGACUCGUCGAUCACAGGCAAACGAGACUACAUCCAGGAGGCUAAAGACUACUUCAAACACAAACUACUCCAGUACGGCAAGGGUACUGAAGUGCCUAUUCGUAGUCUGCUCGGCCAUCGGAGUCAGGCCUCUCCCCAAGUACGACACAUCUCCGGCCAGCACAUCCGAGAGUUCACCGAAUUCCUGCUCAAACAUCCGGAUACCUUCCACGUGGUGGACGGAGAUAAUGUCGUCCUGGUCGGGUGCGAGAACGAGGAGGACGUCCCCGCAUCGGAGCGGUUGCAUUUGCCAAACUCAUCCAUCGACACACAGGCCACCCAGCAGCUGCUGGACUCGUUUGCCCAGGUGAUAGAAGUCAAGGGCCCCAUCAUCGUCGAUCAGCUCUUCCACAUGGUCACAUCCAACUUCCCCCAGGAACAAUGGUUUCACAUGUUCAAAAACCCGAGCGAUCUGAAAACGUUUCUGAAGCUCUUCUCGGACUGCUUCCACAUACAAUCCAAUCUAGUCACGCUUCUACAGAAGCCAAAACUGUCCGACUCACACAUUCGGCAGGCGCAGGACAAGCUCAACCUGUCCAACAGCUCGUUCAACACCAUACCAAGCAUCGGCAGUGCCGGAAGUGCCGUGGGAAGUGCCAACGGUAGUAACAAUACCAGUCGGACAGCAUCACCCAAAAACAUGAUCGGAGAUUUUAAACUCAACGAACCGGUCUCGGUCGGAAUAGUCCCCAACGAUCCGGCCACCGUACUGAGCAGUAGUAAAAGCGAACCCACUAGUGGUUUCGAUAGCUACUAAUCAAUAAUGAUUUUUAAAAUGGAGAACCUUUGUCCCAAAAAUUGCCCGUUCUCCUCCAAUUCCGCGUACUCAAAAUCCCAACAGAACUCAGCAGUUCAACAGCAAGCCACUCAAACGGCAAGGCUAGAAUCGAACAACCCGAUAGCCAACGAGAAAGCCAAUCUCAUCAACAACAAUAACAACAACCCGGCUGUGAAUCCGAAAAAUCAAACCCUCAAACAACGUAUUAAUAGUUUGGUGAUCAAAACGCUCGCCGAAAACCUAGAGAAAGAUAAGCAAUCAAUGUCUGCCAUUCAACAUCACAGCAUCGGCGUCGGUCCCGGAGGGGGUGGUCCCCCACCGAACAACAACCCAGCGCCACAUCCCGUCUCGCCGACGCCGACCAGUCCGGUGCACUCGAACAACUACUUUAUCGGGGACACGUGGAAGAUCAAGGUGCUGCAGAACACCCGGGUCAUCUCCACCGUCAAGGAGUCCCUCUUCGUGAACAAUGCCAUCCUGAAAGCGUCCACCUACGAGGAUCAGGCCGUGGUCUCGUUCGACUGCGAGGGCAUCAAUCUGGGCGUGCGGGGCCAAAUUACCAUGAUCCAGCUGGGUACGACCCGGGGCGAGGCGUUCAUCUUUGAUGUGGCGUCCUGUCCGGACAUGGUGCCGCACGGUGGCAUUAAGGAGGUGCUCGAGUCGGAGAAGGUGAUCAAGGUGAUACACGACUGCCGGAACGAUUCGGUGAAUCUGUUCAACCAGUUCCAGAUACUGCUGAAGAAUGUGUUCGAUACGCAGUCCGCCCACGCUGUGCUCCAGUUCCAGGACCAGGGCAAGCAGGUCUACAAGGUGAAAAACGUCUCGCUGAACACCCUGUGCGAAAUGUACAACGCCACCGUCAACCCGAUGAAGGACCAGCUCAAGAACGUGUACCGACGGGACCAGAAGUACUGGGCCCGGAGGCCGCUGACCCGCGACAUGCUUCUGUACGCCGCCGGAGACGUGCUGAUACUGAUCAACGAGCAGCUGUACCUCAACAUGGCCACAUCGAUCAAGGCGGAAUUCCGCGAGCUGCUCGCGGAGCUGUGCACUGAGCAGAUUUUGAUGCUAAUCCGCCCAGUGGACGUCAAGAUGCGCAAGAAGCAGCGCAAGGUCCGCUCCGAGAUCCAGGACCUUAAGGUGAAGCUGAAGGGUGCCAGCAAGAACGUGGUGCUGAGCAAUCGCGAGAUUCGGUUGUUGAGGUACAUGGACCUGACGGAAGACGAAAAGGAAAAACUUCGCGUCUCCUACAAAGUAGCGAAGAAGCUAGACAAACUGGAGAACUUCGACCGGGACCGUGGCGAUGCGAGCGAUUCCGACGAUGAUUGCGACGUCAUCGAGCAGGACUACCAGAGCCUGGACAGCAUGCCGUCGGAUAACUCGCUACCGGGCACAGGAAGCAGCGGAGGACCGGGCACGUUUUCACCGAAGAACUCCGAACCGCCGAGCUUGACCGAGUCGAUGCAGCUGAUGGACGAAAUCCUGUCCAACACCACCAUGGACCGGAUGGCCAAAAUCGACAAGCUGGAAGCGAUCCUGUCGGCGGCGACCCUACUACCAAACGAUCAGCCGGCGAAGAAGGAGGAACCUAAGGGACGAACGCCAAAGUCCUCCUCCAUAAUGGUAGGACCCUCAAUGGGUAACUCCAUCAAACCUUCCCGCCAUCAGUCACAGCACGGUGCAACUCCACCCCCGCCACAGCAGCCCAAGGCCGAAAUGAAGGAAGCCGGCUGCCAAACGCUCAGCACCGGAGAUAUCGUAAUCACGAAGAUCUUCUUCAAGGAAGAGCAGGAUAAGAAACCGGAAAAGACGCUCACCAGUUCGGGCAAGCGGAACGGUCUGGAUGCGCCGGAGAUUAUGGUGCAGCAGCACAACUCCGUGAAGGCCUGACAGGGUCAACCGACGACGAAUCGCUAUGGAACCAACAGCGGUGGCAGUAGGAGAUCUGCUGAAAACGGUGGACGAUCGCGGCCCGGAAGCGCAACGGUCUUUCGGCAACAGCGAGGUGGACGAUGUGAAUAGUAGGUCGUUUUGAGGGAGGGUGCUUUUCGGUUUUUUGGACGGGUUCUUGUUUUCAGUAUAAAGUUAGAGUGAGUUAAUGUGUAGUGGAGCGGAUAUUAAAUAUCUGUUAGAACCGGAAUGCACGAGCGAGAAAACAUUGAUUAGAUGAGAGUACGACGCAAGCAAAGCGAUGCAGUAUGAUUCUUGAAAGAGAGAGAGCGAAGCAAUAAUUUAAAAGGUUUAACUAUAGAAUCACAUAUUUUUAAAGAACAUUUGAGAGUUGUAACCCCGUAUUUAUGAAAAAUCCAUUCGAAGAGAGCGCGUGUUCAGGCUAUUAGGAGAAACCCCUUUAUAUCAAUUGUAUAAUAGUAAAAGUUAUUCGUAGAAAGUGAGAUACUUUUCAGAGGAUCAAUAUCAAUAUCAUUAUUUUUUUGAUAGUAAUAUAUUUAACGAGACAUCAGAGAAGAGAUUUUUCCAAACGAGAAACAAUGUAAGCAUAGCUAUACUUUCUUUUGAGACUCAUUAAACAUUAUAAACAAGAAGUAUCACAGAAAAGUGGAGGAUCAAAAUUUUUACAGCAGAUAGCUCGUUGAUAAAAUUUUACAGACGCUGAUAGUUAACAAUGAAAAAAGAUAAAAUUUGUAUCAUGCGAAACUUGUUAGAUCAGAAUUGCUUCCUAAUAUAUACCUACCAAUAAACAAGCAUAUAGGCGACACAGACUUAGACAGCAAAAUCACAUUCGAAAGUAGAGAAAUAUCUAAGAAGGAGAACUAACUAAGCAAGGCGAGCAUUAUUAACCUGUGGAGUAAACUGUGUUUGAACUUUGAAGCGAUAGACCAUACAAGAAUAAUACAUCUUAAUUCCUAACGAAACUUUACAUAGCGAAGGAGAAGAAGGUUGAAAACAUGGAAAUGAAAUAUUCUAACAAUGAAAUGUAUUGAAAAUAAAAAAAAAAUCGAGAAAAACACGAAAAACAAUGAAACCUA